AUGGCUUCUUCACACUGUAUAAUGUUUAUUGUGUUCUUAUUUCUUAUUAAUUGUUGCCAUUGUAGAAAUCAAUUAAAUGGGACUUUUGCUAGGUUUGCACCUGCUAUUGCAACAUGGUACGGUCCACCAAAUGGACAUGGAACUGAUACUGGAGCAUGUGGAUUUGGAAAUGUAGGCAGACAUCCUUACAAUUCCUUUAUAUCUGCAGGAAAUCAAGCUCUAUUUAAGAGAGGCAAAGGGUGUGGACAAUGUUACCUAGUAAAAUGCAUUUCAAAUCCAUCAUGUUCAAGAAAGCCUAUAAAAGUCCAUAUAACAGAUGAAUGUCCUGGUGCUUGUAACGAUCUGCCGGUUUGGUUUGACUUGGGUGGAAUCGCUUUCGGUGCCAUGGCAAAACCGGGUCAAGCUAACGCCAUGCGCAAUGCAGGAAGGGUUCAAAUCUUAUACCGACAUGUGAGAUGCUAG